UGGUUGGCAGAGGGCGGUUAGAACCAGUCGCUCCCCGCCAGUUGCGACUGAAGUACAUAAUCAAGAGGAGGAGCUAUGAGGUAGACACACACUUACACCCUACACGAGCGGGUGGGUCCCAGGUGAGGAGGGGAACCAGUGUCAAGACCCUCAUCGUUCACAUACAGUCUUCACUUCGGUGUGUGCUGUUUACUGUCAACUCGUCGAACUGUCGUCUGCUACAGUAUUGAUCGUCUGCGGUGUACAUAGUGACUAUAGCGGCGUUCGACUGAUUGACAUCAAACAGAAAAAGAAAAGAAAAACUAUAACUCCUCUGUGUAAAAUAUUAUAUGAAGGUCUGAAAGAGAGCGAUGGAGCCGGAAAAUAUCGACUGUGAUUAUUUCAAGGUAGGCCCCGAUCUAAGGGAUAUCUCGGACAUUCAUGCUGUUAAUGGAGCACAGGCAUCAAGCAAUGCCAGGAAACCUAAUGGAGUGAACCCAGGGGUGGAUAGUACUGGGAAUGGUACUAUCCACCUUCCAGAUACUCUGGAAGAGCUGCCGCCGGGUAUCGGCAAGUACGACGACUUCCACACAAUCGACUGGUUGCGCGAAAUCGCUCGUGACCGCAUGCGACAUCGCCACAUCGUCAAGAAGAGGCAGGAAGGCUGGUUCGAGAAGCUGAAGAGCGCUCACGACGCUUGGUCUGGAUGGCUCUGUGUCCUCCUUGUCGGCCUGGCUGCCGGUUCCUGUGCUGGUAUGAUUGAUAUCGGAGCACGGUGGAUGUCGGACCUGAAGGAGGGGGUUUGUGUGGAGGCAUUCUGGUUCAACAAAGAGCAGUGCUGCUGGUCGGGAGACUCGACCACUUUUGAUGAAGAGGGAGAUUGUGAUCAGUGGUACAGUUGGCCUGAACUGCUGAGCACACCAUCAGGAACACUGACAUAUGUUGCUGGCUAUGUCUUCUACGUUUCCUGGGCACUGGCGUUUGCGUUUCUCGCUGGACUGUUUGUUCGAGUCUUUGCACCGUAUGCAAGUGGUUCUGGCAUUCCAGAGAUCAAAACCAUCUUGAGUGGUUUUAUUAUCCGUGGAUACUUGGGCAAGUGGACACUACUGAUCAAAUCUGUGGGUAUGAUGAUGUCUGAUGCUGCUGGGCUCACUCUGGGCAAAGAGGGACCAUCAGUUCAUAUGGCUUGCUGCUGUGGUAACAUCUUCUCUUACCUGUUUCCCAAGUACAGUCGAAAUGAGGCUAAAAAGAGAGAAAUUCUCUCAGCAGCUGCAGCAGCUGGAGUAGGGGUGGCUUUUGGUGCACCUAUAGGUGGUGUGCUUUUCAGUCUUGAAGAGGUCAGCUAUUAUUUUCCUCUAAAGACAUUGUGGCGGUCAUUCUUCUGUGCACUUAUUGCUGUGUUUGUUGUGCACUCCAUCAAUCCUUUCGGCAGUGAACACCUUGCACUCUUGCAUAUUGACUAUGAUCAGCAGUGGGCAAUGCAGGAACUUGUUCCCUUUGUGUUUCUGGGUGCACUUGGGGGCAUUAUUGGGAAGAUAUUCAUCAAAUUUAACAUCAUGUGGUGCAGAUUCCGAAAAAAUUCAUCUCUGGGCAGCUACCCCAUUGCAGAGGUGCUCAUUGUCACCUUCAUCACUGCUCUGCUGGGCUACCUCAACCCCUACACACGCAUGAAUUCUUCUGAACUUAUUCCACUUCUUGUAAGUCGAUGCGGCCCAGAAAAUGAAAUUGAACUGUGUGACUAUGAACGCAACGUCACCUCACAGUUUGCCUUUUGGAGCAGUGCAGUAGCUCAUCCUGGAGUUCAUGCGGCUUUGUGGAAACUUUUUCUUGCCCUUAUUUUCAAAAUUAUCAUGAUGAUCUUCACCAUUGGAAUAAGGAUUCCUGCUGGUCUUUUUGUUCCCAGCUUAGCAAUAGGAGCUCUAGCUGGACGCAUAGUUGGAAUUGGCAUGGAGCAACUAGUCAUAGCAAAUCGAUCAAACCCUUUCUUUACCAACAUGUGUCAGCAAGAUGUGUGCAAAGUUACUCCUGGACUCUAUGCUGUUGUAGGGGCUGCAGCAGUCCUUGGUGGAGUUACACGAAUGACAGUGGCUCUUGUGGUCAUAAUGUUUGAGCUAACUGGUGGCCUAGAAUACAUUCUACCUCUUAUGGCUGCUGCCAUGACUAGUAAAUGGGUUGGUGAUGCCCUUGGAAAAGAAGGAAUUUAUGAUGCACAUAUAGCUCUUAAUGGAUAUCCAUUUCUGGACAGUAAAGAGGAGUUCACUCACACAACCCUUGCAACAGAUGUCAUGCGACCAAGAAUGGACUGGAGGCGUAAUGACGCACCUCUAAGUGUCAUCACUCAAGACUCAAUGACUGUUGAUGAAGUUGAAUUUCUUCUGAAUAACACAAGUCACAAUGGUUUCCCUGUGGUGGUGUCUCGUGAGUCUCAGUACCUGGUUGGAUUUGUACUUCGUCGGGAUGUUUUAUUGGCUAUUGCCAAUGCACGGAAAACCUUAGAGGGCAUCGUAGGCAGCUCCAUUGUUUAUUUCACACUUCAUGUACCAGCACCAAAUCUCAAUGAGCCUGUGCCUCUGAAACUACGUAAAAUUCUUGAUUUGGCACCUAUCACUAUCACUGAUGAAACACCUAUGGAGACAGUGGUUGAGAUGUUUCGCAAACUGGGACUAAGGCAGACUUUGGUAACCCACAAUGGACGCUUGCUGGGAAUCAUCACGAAGAAGGAUGUCCUCCGUCACAUAGCUCAGCUGCACAAUCAGGACCCAGAUUCCAUUCUUUUCAACUAAGUACCUUGUUGGCUGUAUCAGCUUGGUGGUGUCUGGUGAAUGACUCAGUUAAUGAUUUGUCUAGUCAUUUACAAUAGGCAUGGUUCCCAUGUUCUUCUUCAGAGACCACCCAGUAAAUUGAAAUGAGACAGCACCAAGCAAGCUAAGUAUCCUCAUGCAAGACUACGGUAAACUUGGACGUGGAUCAUGUGCAGCAAAAUUAAGAAUACGGGUGAAUCUAACUAAACACAUGCCAUGGCAUCCCUUUCUUCAUAAGUGUUUUUACUGGUCAUUUGACUUGUUCUCAAGAAAGAUUUGUUCUAUAGUUCUCUUUGUAACUGCAUCAAAAUCCUUGCAAUGUCCCAUCUACAGUUCAGGCAAAUAGCAUGGCUUUGAAAGCAGGACUUCAAGUGUGAGAAAGUAUAUUAAUAUACUUUUUACAAUGCACAAAUUUAAGUAACAGAAAAGUUUCAUGGGAAAGUUGAACUUGCAGAACUGCACUAUGAGCAGCAGAGCAUGGAAUCCAGCUGCUUUAUAAUUCUGUCUUGUUUGAGAAGAAAGUUUAGUGCAGAAGCAAGCUUAUAUGAUUGCGAAUUGGAAGACAUAAUUGGAUUUGGAAAAACUAGCUGUUGCAUGGUGAACACAGAAUUCAGCAAGGCUUUGUUGAAGUAACAAACAUUUUGGCAUAUUUUAUGACCACUUCACAUAUUAUUUUCUGUAAGUAUUGUAACAAUUAUUUUUGUAGAAUAUUCUUAACUGUAUUUAAAGGGGUAACUGAAGAGAAUGCUUAAUUUCUAACCUAAAUCUGUGAAAAUGAAGAUGUGAUUCGGUGUUUAAUGUGUGAAAGAUAUUUAACUGAUGAACUGGCUCUAUGAAAAAUAAAAAUAAAAUGCACUGUUUUAUAUUAG